UUAAGAUUCAAGAAGGCUGUAUUAAUUCCAACCUGGCAACCCUUCCUUUAGCAGGCCGACAGUUCCUUCCUUUGAGUCAGUGAGUGGAGUCACACAGCUCAUACAAAAUGUUGGUCCUUGUAUUAGGAGACCUGCACAUUCCUCACCGAUGCAAUACACUACCAGCAAAGUUCAAGAAGCUGCUGGUGCCUGGCAAGAUUCAGCACAUCCUCUGCACAGGCAACCUCUGUACGAAGGAGAGCUACGACUAUCUGAAGACGCUGGCUGGAGAUGUGCACAUUGUCAGAGGAGACUUUGAUGAGAAUCUGAAUUACCCCGAGCAGAAGGUGGUGACUGUGGGCCAGUUUAAGAUCGGUCUGAUCCACGGGCACCAGGUGAUCCCAUGGGGCGACAUGGCCAGCCUCGCCCUUCUCCAGAGGCAGCUGGAUGUGGAUAUUCUCAUCUCAGGCCACACGCACAAGUUUGAAGCCUUUGAGAACGAGAACAAAUUUUACAUUAACCCCGGUUCAGCCACAGGGGCUUACAACGCGCUGGAGAGCAACAUCAUCCCAUCCUUCGUCCUGAUGGACAUCCAAGCGUCCACCGUUGUCACGUACGUUUACCAGCUCAUCGGUGAUGACGUCAAAGUCGAGAGAAUCGAAUACAAGAAGUCAUAAAGACCAACCAGAGUUUAAACGAUCGCCGCCUUCUAAGAUGCGCUUCGUCUCAUUCCCCCAGUCAACUACAGCUCGAAGUUUCGGCACGUCGCGGAUGCCGUAAACACUGAAAUUUACUGAAGUGCGCACCUUUGUUUAUAUGUCAUCAGCCUGUGUUCUCUUUGUGAGCAGAAUGUUAUAUCGUUGUAUGAUUUGCAUCAUGUUCGUGACUAAUUGCACCAUGUUUUACGCUAAAGAUACGUCAUAAUGACUUUUCAAGGCUAUUUUUUAGCAAUUACAAAACCCUGAUACUAUUAUAACAAUGUGAGAUAUUUCAUAUAAUAAUAAAAAAAAAACAGUAUGACAUUA